AUGGAGGGAGGCAGGAAGGAGGAAGUGCUGGCGCUGCAGCUGGAGAUCGAGAGGCUCAAAGCGAGGAACCAAGUGCUCAAGCACCAUAUCUCUGCUCUCUCCCUCAUUUCCACAAAGCCCGAACAGUCGCCUUUCGUUCCCCAGCAGGAGCUGACCUGGCCCCUCCCUAACGAGAUUCGAACUUCCCUGCGCGAGCUCUUCCACCUCUCCCACGACCAGCAGCGGUUCAAGCUCCUCGACAACGACCUCCUCCUAUCUCUGGGCAUCGACGUGUCCACCCUCAUGCAGCACGCAGGCUCUGAGGAGCUCUCUUACGGAGACUUUGAGGUCAGAGUCGCAAGAGAGUGGGAGAUCAAGCGCAAGGCCAGCAGCCUCGACGACCUGAAGAUCCUCCGAGUCAUGGCGGAGUGCAUCCCCGGCGGGAAUGUAGAGAGUCCUCUUGCGGGGCUGCAGGGGAUGACAGCCAGCGCUCUGUCGGCUCUAUGGCAGACGGCGAUAGCAGGGAGGCUCGAGGAGGCGCUCAAGAGGCCGAUGAAGGCGAGAGGAGACGGUCAGACGUUGCACGUCAACAACAGCAAGUACUCGCUCAAUGAGUCAGAUAACGCGAAAGGCAGCAGGGAGGUACAGGAGGCCGUGUAUGGCGGUAUCAAGGAAUAUUUCGGGGGGCUGAUAGGGCGGAUCGGGCUACCUCAGACGGAGCUGAUGAAGGGGAUGGAGGAGGAGCACUGCAAGGGCAAGGACUCGGAGGAAGCGUUCACAACGAGCAACUACAACAUCAGGACGACAGCCAAGGAGGAGUGGCUCAACGUCAUAGACCCGGACAGGAGGCGAAGGCUGUCGGACGGCACGCGGGUCAUCCGAGCGAUGGAGGAGCUCAAGAAGCUCGAAAUGUCGAUCAAGGCGGAGCUGCGAGAAGAGGAGCUGAUAGCGCUGCAGCUUUACACAGGUACGGGACAGAUGUACCACAAGUACAAUAUCUCUCUGCGAGCCCCAGACAAGGUCGCCAACAGGUACACGACGACCAUCCACUGCGUCGUCAGCGGCGUCGUCAAGCUGUCACUACACUCGCCUCUACCGGAGGAUCGGCGAGUGUGGAGGGGAGUGAAGGGGAUGAGGCUCCCGGAGAGCUUCCUGAAGGAGGACGGGCUUGGGGUGUCAGGAGGAGUCGAGUACGGGCUGCUGAGCACGACGACAGACGUUGGGACGGCGAUCCAGUACGCCGGGAAGGGGGAAGAGCCGAUCUUGCUGGAGAUCAGCUGCGGAGCGAUUGACCGGGGGGCGAGCUUGGCGUUUUUGUCUCAGUAUCCGGGAGAGGAGGAGAUGUUGUUUCCGCCGCUGUCGUACUUGGAGGUGCUGAAGGAAUCGCGAUACAGCAUGAUGGAAGGAGAGAGAGUGAAGGUGCUGACGCUGAGGAUCAACGCGAACACGACGAGCUCGACGAUCGAAGAGAUGCUGGGGAAAAGGAAGCAGCUGUACGUGGGGCUGUUGGAGAACAUCGCGAGGGAGGUAGAACGAGAGCUUGUGGGUUGUGCAGGGAGGAUCCAGGAGCGGUUGAGGUCUGCUUUCAGGGAUAGACUUUCUAAUCUUUCACAGUUUCUCUUCCGUUCGAUAGAGAGAGAAUGUCGGGCCAUGGUGGAGGUAAGCAGAGGGAGGGAGGCGGAGUGGUACAACGAGGACUCGAGGUACAAGGAGGCGAUCGAGCUGUCAAAUUCAAUGAAAGACAUGGCGAUCAAUAAGCUCAGACACUGGAUCGAAGAUACCACGGGAGACAACAAGUGUUCCAGUCUUGGCAACGAAGUGAUGAGAUCAGUGUAUUGGAGGACGAUGGCGGGUCUGAUGUACAAGAUCAGCUCGCUUACUCCAGCAGGCGAUGACGUCAGACUAGAGCUGAGCAAACGGUUGUGUGGGAUGUACGGCUUGUCGAUCUCAAGCGAAGAGGACCAAGCGGAGCCUCCGACAGUGAGGGCAGUCAUACGAGGACAGGGCGAGCUGAUACCGCUGCUCAAAGCUGGAGGAUGCGACAAAGACAACCGCAGUAGGACAUGCGCACAUGAGGCGAGUCAAGCGGGGCACGUAGAGAUACUGCGAUACCUCGAGGAGACAUGCGGGCAAGAGCUGCUGCGAGAGAAGGACGAUGAAGGCAGGACAUGUGCGCAUGAUGCAAGCUACGGGGGUCACCUGGAGGUGCUUGAGUACCUCGCAGAGACAUGCGGGGAAGAGCUGCUGAGAGUCAAGACCAAACGCAGGAGGACAUGCGCGCAUGGAGCGAGUCAUGGCGGGCAUGUAGGGGUACUACGGUACCUCGGUGAGACGUGCGGAAAGGAGCUGCUGAGGGACAAGGACAAAGCUGGUAAAACCUGCGCACAUACUGCAAGUCAUGAAGGGCAUCUGGAGACAUUGCGAUACCUGGCAGAGACAUGCGGGAAGCAGCUUCUGCUGCAGAAAGCCUUGGAUGGAAAAACUUGUAAUGAUGAAGCAAGACUCAAUAAUCACUCAGAUGUUGUCGAGUAUCUUCAAAGUCUUGGCACGGAGUAG